AUGGCGGAACACGACAAUGGUGGCGGUAGAGGAGAGGUUCUUGAUCGUCCGGAGGAUGUGGGAGGGCCAAUGGAAGUCGAAACGGCGGAUCAACAGCCGGCGGAGCCCCCCCUGGGUGUCGGUGCUGCGGUAGCAGGCGGUGGUGAUGGCGUUCAGGGCCACGAGCAGGAGGUGGGUAGCGAAGGCGAUCAUCGCGCGACGGUGUCAGAUCAUCGCGCGACGGAGGAGGCCGGGGCUACGGGGCUUGUUGUUCAGCCAUUGGAUCCGAGCAUGGCGGUAGAAGGCUCGGUGGUGAUUGGUGGUGGUUUUGGUAGAGAUACCGGCAGCAGUGGCGCCGGUGGUGACGGCGUUGAUGGUGAUGGCACUGGGCCGGGCGAGACCCCACCAAGGGACCCGGCGAAGGGCAAGGGCGCUCGAGAGGAGCGAGAGCGGGUGAUAGCCGCCUCAGAGAUCGCGGCGAGAGCCGAGAGGGCGAGGGCCGCUGAAGAAGAGGCACUGAGGGAUGCAGAGACCGAGGAUAGGAUUGGAGCUAGGGUGCACGGUCCUAGGGUGACAGCGGUGUCCGAGGCGGAGAGUUUGACUCGCGCUCCGUUUUCAGUAGAGGGGUACAGGCCUCCCAUUCCACACUUGUUCGUACCAUCGGGUCUUGCCGCUUACAGACCGCGGCAGGCGGAGUACGACCCCGAGCUCAUUCUGAGAGGCCCCGAUACCCAUAUUUCGAGCAGUUGGGCUGAGGUAAAUUUCUGA